GGCCAGGUUUGUGUCUCCCGAGCGCGCACGUGGAAGAAAGCAGGAAGAGGAGAGGAUAGUUGAGGAACGAGAGACAAAGUUUGGAGGCAGAGUUGAGUCAUUGCCAUUCGAGGCGCCUUGGAAGCCAAGCGAGCCCUCCCGCCUCCCUCAUGAGCGCUGUGGCCGCAGCCACCCUGGACGGCUUGGACUCGCUCUCCUGCUUCCGCCACUGGCCGCUGGAGCCGGGCAACUUCUACGAGGCCAAGGCGGGCGAGGGGGUGCUGGGCCCCUCCUGCAAGGCCUCGGGCGGCGUGAGCGCGGUGCAGGCGGAGGAGGAGGAGGAGCAGUCCCGGCACCAGAACCCUCCUCCGGGCGGCAGCCGGGACUUGGCGGAGCUGAGUGCCGCCGCGCCCGCGAUGUACGAGGACGAGAGCGCCAUCGACUUCAGCUCCUACAUCGACUCCAUGGCGGCGGCGGUGCCCACUCUGGAGCUGUGCCACGACGAGCUCUUCGCGGACCUCUUCAACAGCAACCACCACGGCAAGGCGGCGGCGGCGGGCGAGUACCUCCACCCCGCUCCCCCUCCUCCUCCGGGGCUGCUCCUCCAGGCCAGCGUGCCCCCGGGGCCCCUCCGCGGCGCCGUCAAGCAGGAGCCCGACUGGGGCGAGCUGGCCCCCGACUCACUCCUGCCCUCGCAGAUCGCCGCCUGCGCCCAGACCGUGGUCAGCCUCAGCGGGCAGCCCACGCCGCCCGCCUCUCCGGAGCCCGCCCCGGGCAGCGCCUCGCCGUCCAGCUACAGCAGCCGCUCCUCCUCGUCCUCGUCGUCCUCCUCGGGGCUGGGGAAGGAGCGGGGCGGCAAGAAGUGCGUGGACCGCUUCAGCCCCGAGUACCGGCAGCGGCGGGAGCGCAACAACAUCGCGGUGCGGAAGAGCCGCGACAAGGCCAAGCGCCGCAACCAGGAGAUGCAGCAGAAGCUGCUCGAGCUCACCGCCGAGAACGAGCGGCUCCACAAGCGCGUCGAGCAGCUCAGCCGGGACUUGAGCCAAGUCCGGCACUACUUCAAGCAGCUGCCCCCGGGGUCCUUCCUCCACAGCAGCGGCAGCAGCAGCGCCAAGGACUGCCGGUAACCCCCGCGCCUCUCCCGCUCCCUCCUGCUUGGACUCUUGGGGGCUGCAGGCAGGAGCCUGGGACUUUUCCCUCCGCAAAAGAAUACCUCAGAGAAAAGAAAGACUUCACGCACAGGCUUGGCGCUGGGUUCGGGU